UUACUGAAGUAAUAUCAAAGUAGGUAUAGGAAGGGCUACCAGCGUGUCAUGGCCGAAUAUCUUGUGCUUUCCAUCUAGGAAUUCUCAAGGUGUCGAAGUAGGUGUUACAUACCUACAGUCAGAGGAUUGGAUUUGAUAUAAUCGUAAGGGUCACUUCUAGGUCGGUACCACUGCUACAGUUUCACCGGAUUAUUAACUCUGUAUGGCGCGUCCCCGUCACCUGGAGGAAACUCCGCGUUUAAUAGGCGAAAGGAAAUGCUUUAAAUAAUGACUUUUUAAAAACUUUGCAUUUCUGAAGUCACAUUAGGUCUGUCAGCUAGGAGCACCUAGUAAUGUGAAAAUAUUUCUAUUGUUUUUGUAUUUUUAAAUCAUGUAAUAUGGAAAUGAGAUGACGGUGGUAAAACUUUCAUUUUGUGCAUUUUUGUGUUGGAUCAAAAGUCGCCCUCCUAAUGAAAUGGGAGUUGGGUUCUGCUUGUUAAGAACAUUGGCUUUGGCCUUCCUGGGAUUUUCUGCUUAUACGUCCUUAUAGCAGGUGUUAGCUUUCUUGCAACCCAACAUAGCGGUCAUUGAAGAAACGUGUAAGGGGAGUUUCCAAAUACUGUUUUCAGAGGAAACGAACACUUGGUGGAAGAUCCUGUAUCCUUUGAAAACCGGAAACAUCCGGUGUCUGCCAGCAUCGCUGAGGUUGGCCUCUUUGAGAUGCGACCAACUCCCUGUGCCUUCCACAACAUACCUCGGAAAUGGGCCCUGCAAGGACACAUAUCUCCUGACUCCCGCAAGUCGCACCCCUUCCCUCUCUGUCUCUUUCCUCCUCUCUCUCCUCCUCUCUCUCCUUUUUGCCAUUUCCCUCAACGUCUCCGACUGCAUGGAUUGCUCUGGCUCUUCCUCCUAGCCUUCCUGUGCCUUACUCCCCUUGGACACCUUGGCCCCUCUGCUGCUCAUGCCACACGCUUCCGUGUCGGGGUUUUGGGGCCAUGGUCAUGUGACCCUCUCUUCGCCAAGGCGCUACCGAGUGUGGCGGCCCGGCUGGCGGUUGGACGUGUCAACCGAGACCCCGACCUCUCAUUGGCGGCCACAUUUGAUUACGUGAUCCUGGAGGAGAAGUGCGAGACAUCCAGGGCUCUGGAUGGCUUCAUGGGCUUCUAUACACGGGCUACAGGCUUCAUAGGACCUGCCAAUCCUGGGUACUGUGAUUCUGCAUCGCUACUGGCCAGGAGCUGGAACAAGGCAGUGUUCUCGUGGGGGUGUGUUGGUUAUGAGCUAGAUGAUGCUAGAAGCCAUCCUACCUUUGCCCGCUCCAUGCCCCGUCCCACCUGGGUUCUCCUCAGCCUCAUGCAGCACUUCCACUGGGCACACGCUGGCGUCAUCGCCUCCGCGGAGGAAAGCUGGGUGGAGACUGCCAGCAAGGUGACCAACUCUCUGAGAAGUCAUGGAAUGCCAGUGAGUCUGGUGGUUACUAUCGGAAACGACGCCGCUAGCGUCCGGAACGCACUGGCCAAGCUAAAAAAAUCCAGAAAUCUACGAUUGGUCAUCAUGUGUAUGCACUCAGCCCUGAUCGGAGGGGGAGUCCAGAAGCUGCUACUGGAGAUGGCCCUGGACAUGAAGCUGACUGAGGGGUCUCUGGUGUUCCUACCCUACGACACCCUCCUCUACAGCCUGCCCUACCACAAUGUCACUUACCCUGCCCUGAGGAAUAACAGCAAGCUGAUGAAGGCCUACGACGCCGUGCUGACUGUCACCAUAGACUCUCCCAAGAUGUCUUUCUACCAGGCCUACCAGGAGGCUGUCGACAGGGGAGAGAUAGCCGGGAAUGUCAAGCCGCACCAAGUGUCCCCAUUGUUUGGAACCAUAUACAGCUCGGUCCUGUUCAUGGCCCAUGCUGUCCACCGGGUCAGAGUAUCAGGGGACUGGCUGUCUGGGCCGAACCUGGCCCAGAGCACCCGAAACCUGGACUUCCAGGGUUUCAGCCACCCAAUUAAGACCAACAGGUCCGGUGCUAACCUGGCUGAUUAUUUGAUCCUGGACACAGACGGGAAGACCUGGGAUCUUAGACCCACACACAGGAUAGAUAUGGAAGCUGACAUGGUAAGGUUCCUGGGUCGAAAAAUCCACUUCCCUCAAGGCAUCUUCCCCAAGAUUGACUCAGACUGCUGGUUCAUCAACGGCAUCAUUUGCACUGGAGGUGUUGAUCCGUUCUCUGCAGUUGGGAUCUUCAUGGGAUUCAUCCAGAUGGUUCUCAUCUUGUUCAUUUUGACCUACUGCAUCAAACGACGCAUCAAUCACAUCCGCUUGUUCCGGGGUCCAAACAAGAUCCUGCUCACCCUCGAAGAUGUCACCUUUAUCAACCCGUCACUUAGCAAGAAACUGAGUAUAGACAGCAAAGGGAAGACCAGCGGAAUCGAUCUAAGGAGCCAGUCAAUGAAUAGUGUCUUGUCCCCAUUCUCGGAUCAGUCACCUGCUACUUACGAGAACUCCAACGUAGUCCUUUUAGAGGGAGACUGGGCUUGGUUAAAGAGACUUCCUCAUGGGACAUUCCGGAGCAUCAACCCAAAAACAAGUGAUGUGUUUGAACUGAUGAAGGACAUGCGUCACGAGAACAUUAACCUUUUCCUGGGUUUCUUCCAUGACUGUGGAGUGUUCGCUAUUGUGACCGAGUUCUGCACCAGAGGAAGUUUGGAGGAUCUACUACUUAACGAUGGUGUAAAGCUGGACUGGAUGUUCAAGUCAUCACUAUUGCUAGACCUAAUUAAGGGUAUGAAGUACCUGCACCACAGGAAUUUAUAUCACGGCCGUCUGAAAAGCAGGAACUGUGUUGUGGAUGGACGCUUUGUGUUGAAGAUCUCUGACUAUGGAUACAACAAGGUUCUGGAGGCUGCGAGGUUUCCCUACACUGAAUCAUCUGCAGAGGACCUGUUGUGGACAGCCCCAGAGAUCCUACGCGGCCCCCGUCCUGGCCUCUAUGGCAGUCUCCACGGUGAUGUGUACAGCUUUGCCAUCGUCGUGCAGGAAGUGCUUGUGAGGGGCCCGCCUUUCUGCAUGCUGGAGCUGUCUGCUGAAGAUUUGAUACAGAAGAUCUGUAAACCGCCUCCUCUGUGUCGUCCAGUGGUCUCCCCUGAGGCAGCCCCAAUGGAAUGUAUCCAGCUGAUGAAACAGUGUUGGAACGAACAGCCAGACAAACGGCCAUGCUUCGAAGAGAUCUUCGACAUGUUCAAGAACAUCAACAAGGGCAGGAAGACCAACAUAAUCGACUCCAUGUUGAGGAUGCUGGAGCAGUACUCGUCUAACCUGGAAGAACUGAUCCGAGAGCGGACCGAGGAGCUGGAGAUAGAGAAGCAGAAGACCGAGAAACUGCUCACUCAGAUGCUGCCACCGUCGGUGGCAGACGCCCUUAAGGUGGGCGGCGCAGUGGAACCCGAGUACUUUGACAGUGUGACACUCUACUUCAGUGACAUCGUGGGAUUUACCACCAUCUCAGCCCACAGCGAGCCCAUCGAGGUGGUUGACCUUCUCAAUGACCUCUACACGCUCUUCGACGCCAUCAUCGGCAACCACGACGUGUAUAAGGUGGAGACGAUAGGUGAUGCCUACAUGGUGGCGUCAGGGUUACCGGUUGCCAACGGAAACCGGCACGCGGCAGAGAUAGCCAACAUGGCGCUGGACAUUCUCAGUGCUGUGGGGACGUUUAAGAUGAGACACAUGCCAGAAGUCCCUGUGCGAAUACGAAUAGGACUACAUUCAGGUCCGUGUGUAGCUGGAGUGGUGGGUCUGACCAUGCCCAGAUAUUGUUUAUUCGGAGACACGGUCACCACCGCCUCACGCAUGGAGUCUACUGGUUCGCCAUACCGAAUCCACGUCCAUAACAGUACAGUUAAAAUCCUCUUGGAACUCAAGGCAGGAUACAAGGUCCAGUUAAGAGGCAGGACUGACUUAAAGGGAAAAGGUGGAACCGAGCAGACGUUCUGGCUCGUAGGGAAGGACAACUUUACCAAACCUCUUCCGGUCCCACCCGAAUUGAAGAAAGGGCAAUUGGCUCAUGGCCUGCAGAUGGAGGAGAUAGCCAGAUCUGUCCACGAGAGCAAUAAGGACUUCAGACUGCUCCUCCAGAAGGCGGUUAAGAAGAUCUCCACUGUCAGAACGGUUGCUCAAAUCACUAUGGUGGACGAUGAAAACAUCAUGAUGCACCACCACAUGCAUCACGACUGACCUAUCAAACGUCACCGACUCACUGCCACUGGCCAAUCGGGCAUAACAAUCAGACAUUAAGAGACUGCCACUGACCAGUCAGAAGUUGUCUCACCACCGCUGACCAGUUAGGACCAGGGCGAGAAUACAUGAUGCAUUAUCACGGACCUUUGACUUUAGCCAAAGACUGGCAUCAAGGGAACUACAGCAAAGCCUUGUUUUGCUCAUUUAAAAAAAUGCAUCUUGGGGAUGACCAAAGAGAACCACCGAUUGUCAUUUGUAUGAACCAACAUUGGUUCCCAGUAAAGGCUAAUUUUAAGCAGUUGAUAUUGCAGGAUUUUUAUGCACUGCCCUCAAUAGCAGCCUGGGGACGAGGUUAUGUAUCGAAAACACUUUGGGUGUUAUGACUCCUGGUGUGUUAGACUUAUUCUCUAUUCAUUUUGAGUCACAUAUUGACAUCUUGCUACGGUUACCUUGGAAAGUGAAAUGGCAAAAAUAAGACUGUCCUGCGACCAGCUUGUGAUUUUGUUGACUUUCGGCAAGUAUCUGUUAAUGGAUUGGAUAUCGCAAGCCCUGAAAGAAACAGGAAGACAAACCUGUAGAUGAGAGAGGGGGGUGGGGGGGUGAAAGCGUCCGCUGUGCCGGGUGGAGAUUACUGCACCUUGCUGAAUGGGAGGAAGAUGGCAGUCACACGGGGGAUUAGUAUAAGGCUAUUAGCCCAACUGUGUUACUCAGCAAACCCUGGAUUGGCUCUGUCAGGGGAUGAACGCUUGGCUCAAAGCUUGUUCCUCCUGCUUCCUUUCUUCUCCUCUACUACACCGCUCCUUCUCACACCCCUGUAAUUAUGCCCUGGCUAAAUGUUGUCAGGCAAUCGUCAAGUUUCCCACCACAAUUUAUACAACCUGAGUCCGUCUGCCAACUUAGUCCGUCCUCCGCUUUAGUGAAGCAAAAGCUGUGGGUUUUUUUGUGGUUUUUCUUGAGUUAUGCUUAUGUUCUUCUGAAAGGUUCUUCUGGAUAUUAAUAGGCAGAGUUUUCACUGGUGGAUUAUUACAUGUGUAAAGACAAAUGUCCCCAUAUAAGGGGACAUGCGUUAAUAUAACGUGUACAGUAGCUUCUGUGGAAUCACUCAUUAAAGGUGUUUGUUUUGUAUAUUAUUAUGUUAGAUAAGGUUGCAAUGUACAGUACACGCUCGCUGAGGCACUUUCUACGUAAAGGGUAAUUGAUCAAAGCUUCCAUGUAGGACCUCUCUGCAUAAGCAUGCGUUCUAUUCACUAAUAUUUCUGUGUGGAUAUUAUUAAGAAAUGUUUUGUCACUUAUAACUUCCACAUGCCUGUGUUGUAAAACAUUUAAAGAGGUUUUCAUUUGUGUGUGUACCAGUGUUGAUUUCUUUGUAUGUUUAAUUGUGUAAUGUGACUUGUUAGCAUGGCUUGCAUUUCAAAAUUGUUCUUGCCUUGACUACAGGUCAAUUCACCCACAUCUAUGCACUUUCAUGACCCAUGUGUUGACCCAGACAAACAGCAAAAGGUCUUAUAGCGUUACAAUAUAGUUCAAUUAACCAAAGUGGGAGACUGUUACAAUAAACAUGUUUCCAAGAUCAACAACUGUGUACCUUGGUAUUCUGAAUAGCUUUUUAAUUAAAUAAAUGAGAAAAUCUAAUCCAGUU